AUGGCAUCUAUAGAUCGACGAGGCACACGUUUUAUAUUCGAUCGAAAGAGAUUCAGGUCAGAGGACGAGGGGGAUGACGACGGGGAAGAAGGAGGCAUUGAUCAAGCGGACAUGAUCGCCUCUAAAUGGGUCAACUCGCCCACCAAGCCCGAUAGAGCCUCGAUCCAAUCCACGCCAAACUCACAUUCGCCUCGAAAUUUGACCAAAAUUCGGACUCGCCAUGGUUCUAUCGAGAUUGGUAAGCUUCCAUUACCACAGAGCCAGGAUCCUUGGAAGAAAUUCAAACCCCUUCUUCACGUCCGGCAAGGUUGUCCUGCCAUAAUGGCUCGCUCGAUCCCACCCGAUCAGCAGCUUUAUGCUGUUAGGAGUGUUACUUCGGCGGAAAAAGAUAAACAUCUGCGUGCCAUUCAACAAUUAGGUCUUUGCCCAGGGAGAGGCAUUGACCGGGUUCAGGAGACUUUCGACUGGUCCGGGACAUUGUUCGUUGUGACUCAGUAUGUCAAACCUAGUCUUUCUCAAAUUAUUACAAGCCAGGACCGUCCAACAGAGGCGCAUAUAGCCUUCAUAGCUUACGAGAAGAUAUUGAUUAGCCUUGUGCUGCUAGAGGAACAGGGUCUAGUGCAUGGCUCACUGGACUCGUCCUUCGUCCUGAUCCCUCCUUCCUGUGUGCCUAUCUUAGGUAAGUAUUAA